AUGACAUUAAUGGGCACCCAAAUUGCUGAUCUACGACCUCCUCGUCCGACGGAGCCAGCUGAUCCCGUUCGAGGUCCGGCACAACCUGUAGCCGAGUUUCUACACAAUGACAGUCCGGCGAGCAAGCAAGAAGGCAGCUGUGUGUGCCAACGCGUGACCACCGACUGCAAUCGGCUCGAGGCGGAACGCUUUGAAGCUACGUCGACCACUUGUGUGUUUGGGUGUGGGUAA